GGGGAUGAUUGUUCAUUGGCUAGUGAUCAACGCCACCCCUCCAUGUGGCUGGGGAGCGCCACCCCCAACUACGACUUGGACCUUCCGUGCUCGUGACAAAGGCAGUCAAACAAACGGGGAUGGGCGGGCCGUUACACCCCUUAACCAAUGCAGAUGGAAUCUUGCACUACAUACAGCUCUGGCGUAUACCGCAGCCACCGGUCGGAUGUUGUCCACCUAUCUAUCGAAACAAAAGUGGAAAUCGCGGAUGCAGCUGCGGCAGAGAGAAAAGUAGCCAUUCUGCUGGGAAAUUAAGGGAAACUAAGUGCGGCUGGGAUGUUCUCAUAUGUGAAAGGCAUGCCAGUAGUGAUCAACGAGAACAAGUAGUCGGGUCUCAAGGUCGUAAACGGAGCUGAAUUCAUAGGCAAGGGUAUCAUCCACUCGCUGGGACUCAAAGAGGU